AGCCUUAUCUUUGCUUGGAACUCCGGCCGAAAUUUCAAGUGGGACAAGAACCGAGGAGAAGAUGGCGGCUCUCAGAGUGGUCGCGACGACGGGGUGUGGGAGAACCCUCCUAAACGCUGCAAAAUCAAGUCAGACACAAAAGGCUCACAUGUCAUUUGCCAGUUUACCCAAGGGAAGGAAGGUGGCCCUGACCACGCUUGGGGUCCUGACAACCGGAGGCGUGGGUCUGGCCUUGGCCCUCAAUCAGUCGGUUAAAGCCUCGGACCUGGAACUGCACCCACCCAGUUACCCAUGGAGCCACGCUGGCCUUGUGUCCUCCCUUGAUCAUGCCAGUGUUCGUCGGGGGUAUCAAGUGUAUAAGCAAGUGUGUUCGGCAUGUCACAGUAUGGAGUACCUUGCUUUCCGUAACCUGGUGGGAGUUUCCCAUACUGAGGCAGAAGUCAAAGUAUUAGCUGAAGAGAUCGAGGUGGUAGACGGUCCUGAUGAUACUGGUGAGAUGUUCACGCGGCCUGGAAAGCUCUCUGACUAUUUCCCAAAGCCCUACCCCAACCCAGAGGCUGCUCGCGUCGCCAACAACGGAGCCCUCCCACCCGACCUUAGCUACAUUGUCAAUGCCAGGCACGGAGGAGAAGACUACGUGUUCUCCCUGCUGACGGGCUACUGCGACCCCCCUGCAGGUGUGGAACUCAGGGAAGGACUAUACUACAACCCCUACUUCCCUGGCCAGGCCAUCGGCAUGGCACCUCCCAUUUACAAUGAGGUGCUGGAGUAUGACGACGGAACCCCUGCCACUAUGAGCCAGGUGGCUAAAGAUGUGUGCACUUUCCUGCGCUGGGCAGCGGAGCCUGAGCAUGAUCAGCGUAAACGCAUGGGCUUGAAGCUGCUGAUGGGCGCUGCCAUCUUUAUCCCACUGGUUUACUACAUGAAGAGGCACAGGUGGUCUGUCCUGAAGAGUAGGAAGAUCGCUUACAGGCCUCCCAAAUAAGCCAGGCUCUAACUUUGCUCAGUCUUUGAUGCGACCGAUUUCCCUUAACUCUGUGUACAUUCAUUGAGCUGCGGUCGCCUUAACCAGUAAUGUCAUAUGUGCUCUCAAAGUGCAGGUUUCUCGGCCAGCAGAGAGGAAGAGAAAUGUGCAUGCACAACCUCUACAACAUUUUUACUGAAAAGAAUAAAUUAUCUGAUAAAAUAUAUAUGUGUUGUGAGUGACCUGUAUCAACCUCUGGGGAGACCAUGUCUUACGGUAUUCUGCUGAGCUGGUGUCAUCAAGUACGUCUAGACAUGUUGUGUAAAUAUUUAAUAAAACUCUGGUGUACA